AUGCUGUUACUGUUACUACUGCUGUUUGUUGCUACUACGCUGCUGCUGCUACUAGUACUACUACUACUGCUGUUGCUGCUACUGUGGAGAAUACUCCUCGGCGUAUACUGUACGCGUACGCCGAAAACAGAAAAAGCACAAGCAGCCGCAGCUGAGUUCUUGUAUCUCUAUUCGCUUGAGGCGACUACGUGCGGACCUCGAUAUCAAGGUGAAUGGCGAAUCAAGUGGAGUGUAUGGGUCUCAUCUUGCCCUUGCAACUUGAUACUAACACGCUGA